AUGGGAGGAAUUACUGUAUUAUUAGCUGGAGAUUUUCGCCAAACACUUCCAGUUGUGCCAAGAGGAACCAGAGCUGAUGAAGUCAAAGCUUGCAUUAAGUCAUCGAAUCUAUGGCAGCAUACAUUAAAGCUUUCACUCCAUGAAAAUAUGCGCGUCCAUCUGAGAAGAGAUAACUCUGCAGCACAAUUUUCUGAAAUACUAUUAAAAAUUGGUAACGGAAAUUAUCCUCAGGUUGAAGGUAAACUGAUUAUACCUUUAGAGCUUGGCGUAGUAGUAAAUACAUUGUCUGAGUUAACGGCUAAGAUAUACCCUGAUAUAUGCAAUAUCAACAAAAAAACAAAUGACUGGUUAUGUGAACGUGCAAUCUUGACACCUAAAAAUGAUAGAGCUGCAGCAAUUAAUGACAAUUUGUUGAAUUAA